AUGGUGGGCACACGCCUCCUCCGACCAGCGGCGCAGCUCCUCCGCUCGACUUCCACAGCCAUCCCGAGAUCCAGCUUUCAGAGAAUCGCAGCUCCGGCCGCAGCAUCGAAAUGGCGAGGGUACGCGACCGGUACCAAGGAGAUGACAGUGCGAGAGGCGCUCAAUGAAGCCAUGGCAGAGGAGAUGGAGAAGAACCCAAAGGUCUUCGUCCUGGGUGAGGAGGUCGCCCAAUACAAUGGCGCGUGAGUUCCCCCGAUAGUGUGCUGCGCAAAGAGCUUGUCGAUCAUGUGCGGAAAAUUGUAGAAUGGGAUUGGCAAAGCAUCGUAUCAAGUCCCGAGCAGGCAAUUGCAGAAGGGUCGGCCGUACGGGCGCAGGCUGACCACGUGCGAAUCUUGCAGAUACAAGGUCACCAAAGGCCUGUUGGACCGCUUCGGCGACAAGAGGGUCAUCGACAGCCCGAUCACUGAAUCAGGUUUCUGCGGUCUCACUGUCGGCGCUGCGCUAGCUGGUCUCGUACCGGUUUGCGAGUUCAUGACCUUCAACUUCGCCAUGCAAGCCAUUGACCAAAUCAUCAACUCCGCCGCAAAGACCCACUACAUGUCUGGUGGCAUUCAGCCAUGCAACAUCACAUUCCGAGGCCCGAACGGCUUUGCUGCUGGUGUGGGCGCGCAGCACUCUCAGGACUACGCUGCCUGGUACGGCUCCAUUCCCGGCUUGAAGGUUGUGGCCCCGUACUCAGCAGAGGAUGCCAAGGGUCUGCUGAAGGCCGCUAUCCGGGAUCCCAACCCAGUCUGCGUACUCGAGAACGAGCUGCUUUACGGUCUUCCUUUCCAAGUCAGCGAGGAAGUUCAGAGCGACGAGUUCGUACUUCCGGUAAGCCAUGAUGCCUUCUACAUGUGGACUAAACCGAAGCUAACUCGAAUCCAGUUCGGCAAGGCGAAGAUUGAGCGCCCUGGAAAGGACCUUACCAUUGUCACCCUAUCGCGAUGCGUCGGGCAGUCUCUGGUUGCGGCGGAACAGCUCAAGAGCAAGUAUGGCGUGGAGGCCGAGGUCAUCAACCUCCGCAGCAUCAAGCCACUUGACGUCGAGGCCAUUGUCAAGUCCGUGAAGAAGACGAGACAUAUGAUGGCGGUGGAGUCAGGCUUCCCCAGCUUUGGCGUUGGCGCGGAGCUGAUUGCACUUACUGCUGAGUACGCCUUCGACUACCUGGAUGCGCCUCCAGUCCGCGUCACUGGUGCUGAGGUCCCAACUCCCUACGCGCAAAAACUGGAGGAGAUGAGCUUCCCAACGGAGACCCUGAUCGCCGACUACGCCGCCAAGCUUCUCCGAGUAUAG